CAAAAGCGCCACACAAUAGAAAACAAGAACAAUAGCAACGGACAUUGAUCUAUUCAAAUUUUUCCUUUCAUUUAGACAAUUUUCAUUUUAUUUACAUAACAUCGUUCACAGGAAACCAUUUGUCGCACUACAUUGUAUGCCAUUUCCCAAAACAUCCUCUGUCAUAAAUGUCUGAUUUUAAAUGCAUGGAAGACCUCGGGGAGAACACGUUGUAAGACGUGCAAGACAGAACAAGAAAAGAGGAGAGUGGGGGUCAAAGAAAGGAGUAGCUAGGGGAAUGGACACAACAUUGCGCCCUACAAUUUAUCGCUAUCGACCCGUUGGGCAAUCAUAAUACAGGAGCGAUUUAGGAACAUAGCGACAUAGCUUUGAAGGGGCUAGACUGCUAGCUAGCUGAUGCAUUGAAGCUAACAACAUGGGACGCGUGUGAACGUGUGUUACACGGGGGUUACUUAGUAGCUGUAGUAGCAGCAGCUACCAGCACCCUGCCAGGGAGAAAGAAACAAGGAAGCGCACAGCUAGCAGAGCUAAAUCAAAGCUAACAUUAGCUAACUGUUGGCCAAUAUUAUUUCUAAUGAGCGACCAAGGAGUAUGCGACCUGAAACGAAAAGCUGACUUGUUUGGGGAUGUCGGGCAGUAAGGCGCUGGGCGGGGGGGCUGGCGGGGGCGCAAGGCGCAGGAGGACCCGGUGCCGGCGCUGCCAGGCCUGCAUGCGGACCGAGUGCGGGGAGUGCCACUUCUGUAAAGACAUGAAAAAGUUUGGCGGGCCCGGUCGCAUGAAGCAGUCCUGCCUCCUGAGACAGUGCACAGCGCCGGUGCUGCCCCAUACAGCAGUGUGCUUUGCGUGCGGCGAAGCGGGGAAGGAGGACACGGUGGACUCGGAGGAGGAGAAGUUCAGCCUCUCCCUCAUGGAGUGCACCAUCUGCAACGAGAUCAUCCACCCCAGCUGCCUCAAGAUGGGUAAAGCAGAAGGCAUCAUCAACGACGAGAUCCCCAACUGCUGGGAGUGCCCCAAGUGCCACAAGGAGGGCAAGACCAGCAAGGACCAGGCCGACGGGUCCGGGAAGCGGCGUCUGGACAGCGGCGAGGUCGGUCGAUGGAAGCUGACGGACGACCCGCCCCCCAAGAAGAAGGCGCAGCCCUCCUCCACCCUGGAGGACGGAGGCCGGACGGACGGGGGCCACAAGCGCAAGAAGGAGAAGGAGCAGCCCCAGGACAGUGGGCCCAAGAAGAAGAUCAAGGGGGCCCACGAAAAACGCCUAAAAAAGAAACCGAAGACGGAGGCAUCCGAGUCCAACGGGCCGGGCUCUUCCGGGGGCGGCGGCGGCGGCGGAGGUGGUGGUGGAGCAGGGCAGGGCUCCUCCUCCUCCUCCUCCUCCUCCUCCCAGGCCGGAGGAGGCGCGGGCGGCGGGGGUCCGUCGAGCGCCGACCAGCGCUCGCACCAUCGGGAGAAGCUGGAGCGCUUCAAGCGGAUGUGCCAGCUGUUGGAGCGCCUCCCCGAGUCCUCCUCCUCCAGCUCCUCCAGCUCCGAGUCCGACUCCGAGUCCGACUCGGACGACUCCUCCCGGGAGCCCGGCGGCGGUGGCGGCGGCGGCGGUGGGGGCUCCUCCCCUUCCUCCUCCUCCCCGGCGCCACCUCCUCCACCCCCCGCCGUCGCCUACGGCAACAGCGGGGGUGGGGGCAGCCGGGGGGAGCGGGAGCGGAGCCGCAGCGAGCGGGAACGGGAGCGGGAGCGAGAGAGGGAGCGGCGGCUGGCGGAGCUGGGCUUCAGCGCCAGCGAGGAGUCCGAGGGGGAGGGAGGAGGCGCCGAGGAGGAGGAAGAGGAGGAGGAGGAGGACAGGAAGCGGGAGGAGGAGCCUCCGGUGAGCGUGGCCGACAAGGCGCGGCGGAGGGGGGGAGGUGGAGGAGGUGGAGGAGGUGGUGGAGGAGGAGGAGGAGGAGAUGGAGGCGUCCCGCCGCAGCGGGGCAGGAAGGGGCCCGUGAUGGUGGAUGGAGACGACGAGGAAGAGACCCUGACCUCAGAAAGGACAAGGAAGAACUCCUCCUCGCUGCCUCCACCCUCGCCGCUCUCCUCCAAUCAGACGCCGCCGUCUUCCGGCUACUCGGAUGGCUUCACGGGGAAGCAGCGCAGCAACGGGCAGGAGGCGCGCAACGGGAGGACCCGGGGGGGCGGAGGGAGGGAGCGGGCAGGGGGCGGCGGAGGCGGGGAGGCCGGGGAGAAGGAGAACGCCAGCGGCGUGUUGUCCAAUCACAGACACGGUGGGGGCGGGAAUAAGGGCAGCGGCAGCCGCGGGAAUAAGAUCCGUAACAAGAACCAGACGUCCACAGGGUCACGCACCAAUGCCAACAAUAACAACAACAGCAUCAGUCUCUCUUCCUCGUCCUCCUCCACGUCUUCCUCGUUUAUCCCCACGUCCAAUGGCGGCGGCGGCGGCGGGGGGAACGCAGGCGCCAGCGGGCUGCUCAUGUCGGCGAUGGCGGCGUCGCCGCGCUCCCAGCCGUCCCGGCUCACGCCCCGCUCCCAGAUGAUGAAACGCAGCCCGCCCGCCGUCCCCUCGCCGCCCCGGCCCGUACAGAUGGAGAGGCACCUGGUGCGUCCGCCCCCAGCCUGCCCCGAGCCCAGCUGCCUGCCCCUGGACUCAGGCGCCUCGCACAUCAUGAUGCGGGACGUCUGGAUGCAUGUCUUCCAGUACCUCAGCCAGCGGGAGCUGUGCGUCUGCAUGAGGGUCUGUCGCACUUGGAGCCGCUGGUGUUGUGACAAGCGAUUGUGGACCCAGAUUGACCUGAGCAGACAGCGCUCCAUCACCCCUCCCAUGCUGAGUGGUAUAAUCCGCCGGCAGCCCGUCUCCCUGAACCUGGGCUAUACGAACAUCUCCAAGAAACAGCUCAUGUGGCUCAUCAAUCGCCUGCAAGGCCUCUUAGAGCUGAACGUGUCCGGCUGUCCCUGGUCGUCGGUGUCGGCCCUGUGUCAGGCCGUCUGUCCCUGCCUCAAGCUGCUGGACCUCAGCCGGGUGGAGGAGCUGAAGGACUCCCAUCUCCGGGAGCUGCUGGCGCCCCCGCCCGACACGCGGAUAGCCCACGGUGAAACCAGAGGCGGGCGGUUCCAGAACGUGACCGAGCUGCGAUUGGCCGGUCUCGACCUGACGGACGCUUCGUCGCGCCUGUUGGUGCGCUACGUGCCUCAAUUGGCAAAGUUGGACUUGAGCCAAUGUGGCAACAUCACAGACCAGACGGUUCACACCCUGACCUCCUCCAUCUCCCCGCUGAGGGACACCCUGACGCACAUCAACUUAGCAGGCUGCGUGAAAGUGACGGAACAGUGCGUGCCGUUGCUGCGGCGCUGCGCCUCCCUACAGACGGUGGACCUGCGCUUCUGCUCGCUCCUCUCCUCGGACAGCGGCCAGCUGCUCUCUUUCCCCCACAACCCUUCAUCAUCAUCGUCCUCCUCCGUCCCCAACACCACCUGCUCCUCCUCCUCCUCCUCUUCCUCGUCCUCGGUCACGGCGGUAGCGCCUCCCACCUCCUGCCCCUCGGAAGACCGGACACUGCUGAAGAACAGCUAAGGCGCCUUUUGAUGAUGUCAUCAGACUCUCCUAUAUAUCUUUCUCACGCACGCGCGCGAACACACACACACACACACAGACAACAGACGUACACAUGAACACGCACUCAUGCGCGUCAAUGCAAGGCCUCAAAAAUAGGACGACUCUCCUUAAUGUCCGCCCGCGCUUCUUCAUCCUGUUGUUAACCUGGUACACCCAUGACUGCCCCCCUUCUGUUACACUAUGACCAUUCCGCCGGGAUUGGUCCUAGUCAAUCAACAAGACACACCCAGAAGAUAUCAGUCAGCAAGCCAGGAUCCUGCGGGGUCGGGGGGGGGGGGCUGGAUACGGGCAGUAGUGUUGGAGAUGCUACCCUCAAAGAUAUAAACAACAUGUUCCCAACAUCUGGAUUAAGGCAAAUCAUUUGUGAUCACAGUAUAUCGAUGUCAACCACAGAAGAAAAGGAUUUUGGGGGGAGGGGGAGGAGAAAAGGUAAAAGAAGAAACCUGGAGCAUGUACAUAUUUGUUCUCUGUACAAUUUGGGUGUGUGUAUAUAUCUGUAGUUUACUGUAAAUGACCCUUAACUUUACCCUCCCUCCUCUUCCCCUUUUCCCAUCUCUUUCCCUUGCAACCAAUCAUGCCAUUCACUUGCUCUUUAAUAGCUGCGAAACUUGGGGAACAGAGCUGGGGGGGCGGAGGGGGAGACACAGUAUUUCAUAUAUUUACAAAUAUUUUUUCUGGGAAUCAGAUGUAUUGUCCAGUAGCUUCUAGUGCAAAGACCAUCUGUUCCACUCGUAAUUGCUGGGUCAAGUCCGUGCUGAACCUGUCCUCGAGGCCACUCCUCUGUCAAUAUUUCUUCUCUCAAAUAAUAAUGGCUAUGAAUAGAAAUUCAGCCAGGAAGCCAGACUUUUGUCCAUGUACAAGUGAUGCAACAAUGUAAGGCCCCCACCAUGCCCCAUUCAGUAGGCCCGCUUUUGGAACGGGGUAGGUUGCACAAUAGGUAAUGUUUCAUUGUGUUAGAAAUGGGUUAAAAUCUCGACCGACUAAAACAAAAGUUAGACAUUUUUUAUGAGAUGUGAAAACUCCCAAAUCGAGAACUUAAGUAAAUUUGCCAAAAUGUAUACAUUGGGACACCCUUGAGUCAUCUAAACUGACAAAUUGGGAGAAAAUUAGUGUUAUAAUAUUACUUACAAUUGUUUUGAUUAACGUGGGGCAUUAAUUUUUCAAAAUGAACAGAUUAGGGACCAUCUUCUGUAUAUUGUAACCUAUUCCCUGCCCUAGUCUGUGGAUGAACAGCUGGCCUUCUUCCUUUAGUAUUCUGAUUACACUACUCUGUCCAAAGUUGAUGUAUUGGUACUAGUGCUUCGUGAUAGCAUUGACCUACUUAUAUUAAGGCACUGGUAUAUUGGCAAGGACAGUAUUAUCUGGUGUUGCAAUUCCCAAAACAAAUCUGUGACGUAACACCGUACUGGGGGUCAUGAAAGAAAAUGGUGUCCAUGGUUACGCACUCUGCACAUCGAGUCUUCACUGGGAGCAAGGAAAUCUGACAACCUAUCCGUAGGGAGUCGAUAACUCGUCUCGAGUGUCUUUGGUGUUCGACACAUUUCACCAGGUCACCUUUUUUUUUUUUCCUUCAUGCUAUUGAAUGAGACGAACCUGACUGCAGGGGAAAAUACAUGGAAACCAUUUUUUUUUGCUUUCAGUUCCAGCAGCGCCCACCAGCCCUCAUUAUUCAGCACUAUUGGUGGGGCAGUUGCGUUGCUCUUUGAAAUGACUGGCUAGCCGGCAGACACACUCCCUCCAUUGAGCUAGCUGGGUAGCUACGCUGACGGAGAUUAUAAUGAAUGUACCUAUCAGAUGUUGGCUGUGCCAACCAAACCACUCCCCCCCGCGCCCCCAAGCUCACCGACAAGCCGCAUCUGGGAUGUUGUUGUUCUGUUUUUGUUUUCUUUUUGUUUUUGUUUUUGUUUUUUCUGGGAUGAGGUCUGGGUGUUGAAGCAAAUGCAAAAACUGUUUGGUGCGACGAGAUCUGAGUGGUGGGGUAAUGAAUAGAAGAUGGGAGAGAAACAACCUGGGGCUGGAAUCUACUUUCAGGGCUAGACUUGCUGCAAUAUAAUUAAGGCAACACAGCCUUGGGAACGAGCUCAGUGUUAACUUUACAAAAUAAAGACAAUUUCAACGGACAAUAAACAACCUAGGAUCAAGCACUCCGUCUUUUAACACUGCCUUUUACCUCUGUUUAGGUGUUGCCAAUCUUGGUUAUUUUUAUCACUCCCUCCCAUUCUCCACCUUGCCCGCAUCUCUUGUCGAAUAGAGAGUGGUGUUACUGCAAACUGGUCCAUGCAGCAUGUCAAUCAACCGUGCACCCGAUGAUGUCUAUGUUAACGCCUUGUGGUGUGUUUUUGAUUCAACAAGAUGCUGUGUUUGGUUUUGAUUAGAAGUCCAGGGUGCCGCUUCAAUGGUAACUUUCCUUUUGUUCCAAUCUUUGUUUUUCUUUCUUUCACAUUUCCCUUCCAUCCCGUUUCAUGUCUGAUUAAUGCAGUUCACAGAUGUCCACCGGUUAUGACACUUGUAUAGAUGUACAAUUAGAAGCCAGAAAGAGAGGGAAUCCCAUCCACUCCUUGAACAAGACAGUAUUGUGUAUCUCACUGGCGCAAAUGAUAGCAUUUUAUUGAAGUGUUAUAAUCCGCUGGAUUCCUUAUUGCUACAAGCAUAGCCAUAUCCGGCAAAUACAUAACCAUUUACAUAGCCAUAUAAUUGUCAUACAAUGCCAGAAGUUUGUGUUUAAGGAAUUGACUCCUGAUGUGGGCUGUAUGCCAAAAACAGUAUUGUAGUGUUAGAAAUUCCUUCCCGUUCCUACAUGUUCAGGAAGGCCUUUUUGGUAGUAUGAACUGAUGUAAACGUCAUCAUUCCGUAUUUCAAAGAGACAAAUCAUUUGAUCAACUUAGAACUAAAAUGGCUUGCUUGUGUCUAUAACAUGAAGCCUUGCCUUUUAUUAUCUAUCCUGUGUCCAGUUUCAAAUGGAGGUAGAGAGAGUGUCCAACUACAGAUGGAUGACACGCAUCAACUGUGUGUGUGUGUGUGUGUGUGUGUGUGUGUGUGUGUGUGUGUGUGUGUGUGUGUGUGUGUGUGUGUGUGUGUGUGUGUGUGUGUGUGUGUGUGUGUGUGUGUGGUCGUCUUCAACUUUCACCUCAAACAAGUCUCUUGCAUUUUCCAUCUCUUCUGGUCUGAGUGACUCAUCCAUCCACACAUCUUUUACUAUUUGUCUGAGAUUCCUCUCCCCCAAAACAGAUAUAUGAGCAGUGGAACACUAGCAUUCAAUACUAAAGGCAUACUUUCCUUAAUCACCAUACCGAUGUGGGUUUGAAUAGAAAUGUGCAAACAUCACAUUUAUGGUCACAGGUUCAGGAUUUUAUUUUAUGUGUUAUUUAUCGCCUUUUCAUUACGUUUUGAUACAUUUUUUUAUUUCUACCUUUUUUUUUUUAUUGUGAACGGGUUAUGCGAGUCUAUCAAUUAUUUUUUCCCACCAAAAAACAGACAAAUGCCUAAUUUAUAAAGUUUGACUUUCUGUACAUUUACCCAAUACCAUACUUAUGCAUAACACUAAAAUAUGUAGACAAGGUUAUUUCUAUAUAAAUAAGGAUACGUCUAUCAGUUCCAUAUACACAGUUAAACUUAAAAUCUGGUUUUGUGUGCACGCAAUAUCAAUUGUGCUUUAGAGACUUUUAUAAAUUAGGUAUUCGGUUGUCGCAUGGUUGAAAGAAAAAACUGACUAUCUGAACAGAGCUAUCGAUAAGGGUUUCAUUACUGUCAAAACACAAGGCUCUCGUGUGUGUGUGUGUGUGUGUGUGUGUGUGUGUGUGUGUGUGUGUGUGUGUGUGUGUGUGUGUGUGUGUGUGUGUGUGUGUGUGUGUGUGUGUGUGUGUGUGUGUGUGUGUGUGUGUGUGCGCACAGGGUGUCAGUGGGCAGGAAUGGCCAUAGAAAAAAAGUUCAAAGUGUAUACUUAAAAUGUACGUGACAAAUCAUACCUAGCCAAAUGAUGCAGGGAACUAUUUUAUUUUGAUGAUUAAAUCAUAAAAAGGAAUUACGGCAACAUUUGUUUGUCAAGGUAGAGCUUAGUAGAAAAGCCUGUAUCUUGGCUAGUGGGUUCCACGGCUGCUUUGCAAGAAGCUAGACCUAUUGUUGCAGGCCAAUAGAUGGAGAAGAAAAAGUCAUUGUGGUUCAAUUGCAAUGCGGCUUUGCUGCUUGUCCUAUUGGCGCAGCCAUUUUUUAUGUACUGUGAUGCCAGGAUGCUGGUGGGUUCCCAGCAGACAGGCCGGUCGGGCCCAUUGUCAAUAGUGCAGGAAAAUGCCUCAUCGUGCCAUAGAUGCACCUGAUCAACGUUGCGAUGUCUGAAAUUGUUUAAAGUGUGAAUGGGUCAAUUUAUUUUUGUAUUUUUUAUAUUUUCUCUUUUCUUUUUUUCUUUUUCUGUGGCUUAUUAGAGGGUCAAGUAACCUGAACUUGGCCUGGUUUUGUAAGGGAUGCAAAUACGCCGUGCAUGUCAGCUGCUGGCCACGUUCCAUUAAAUCAAAUGGAAGAAUGUCGGAGGAAAUCAGCUGAUUGGUAGCUAAUCCUAGGAUCUCAAACCGCUCUUAUCCAAUUUGAAAGUAAUAUGUAUCAAAGUGUCAUUGCCCAUUUCCCAUGACAAUAUCUAGGUAAAGUUCCCCAUGACAUGAAAACCAUACCUUUUGCUUAACUCAUUUCUUUUCAAAUGCACUGGAUCCUUCCACCAACAUCCAAUAUUGCCAAAUUGCUGUUUGUGUUGUGAAUGUGGGCAUUUUAUCCCAUUUCAUUCAGUUACAUUUUUUGUUUUACUUUUUUGAAAUCUUUAUCCCUGGGCUCUUCCAUUGUGUUUAUGGGGAAAAUGAGGAAUGUUGGAAAAAGAGACAGAAAAAGACCAACUUAAGGCAGCUACUUAUGAGUGACUACUGUAAAAUGACUAACUAAAUAAAGACAAUGGGGUUGUUUUUUAUAAA